AUGCCAGGCGCUAAGCUGCUGUUCUGGCCCGGGAGGGAGAGGAGGAGUCCGGCGGACCGCCGAGGGCGUCUGUCGCUUGGUCACGGGCGGUGCUGUCCAGGACGCCUGCGGGUCCUGCGCCGCCCGCCCGGGGCGUACGCGCCGCGCUCACAGCCCCAGCCCGACCUGCGGCCCCGAAACGGCGACCCCGAGGGCCCCCCACCCAUCCCGUGCCGGGGCACUCCCGAGUUCCGGGUACCCUUCUCCCUGGAGCAGCUGAAGGCCGGGGUGAACCCCACCGCCGCCUUUAUGAGAAGAUGCUUCGGUGUCGGCCCCGCAGGGAUCGCCCCGAACAAGGCCAUGAGGGGCGCUCAAGGUCCAGAAGAGAUCACGUGCCAGCCCUAUCACACCUGCACAAGCAUCCUUUCUCGCGCGCUCUCACGUGCCCCAGAGCUUGCACCCACUGACUGUUCUUACACACUCAGGGCUCGGGGUCUGGGAACAGAAGAGAAGGUGGAAUCUCGGAGUUCUCCCGGAGGGAGGAGGGUCCGAGGCCUGCGCUUAGGGGCCCGGGGCUGCGCGAGGAGGGGGGAGGUGACCCAGGAGCCCUUCGGGAGAGUUGGGGUGCGGGGGAGAACUGGGCGACUCCACAGGGUUCCCGAACACGACCGCACCCCCUCAGGCGGGGAUUCCUCCACCAGCGAGGCGCGGCGAGAGCGAUCGAACACAGCCCUCCGGGACCCCCAGGCAAGGGAGGGGGCCGGACUGCCGGGGGCGGGGGAGCCGCUCCGCCUCCUGGCGGCCAGGCAAGGGUUAAGCCGGCAAGCCCGGAGACGAGGGAGGAGCCAGCGAGCGCCGGGAGGAGGCGGUGGGAAGAGCAGCCUCCUCUCUCGCUCGGCGCACUCUCGCUCGGCGAGCGGCCGCACUCUCGCUCGGCGAGCGGCCGGGGCGCGCGGACCGACGGACGGACGGACGGGCCCGCGCGCUGCCUGCACUCCCGGGGGCGCGGGCCCCGGGCGUCGACGGCCAGCCCCAGCCUUCUGCGCCCUGCCGCGCCCCGUCGGGGCCGAUGGCUGCUCCCGAGGCUCGCAGCCCGGGGGGCGCGGGGUAGACCGCCGCGGCCCGGCCACGCCGCGCGGGGCCCUCCCGGAGCCCCGCGGGGUCCCCUGCCGUCCGUCCGGCAGGCUCGGGGAGCCUGUGGAGGCGCCCUCCCCCCACCGCCCCCUCCCCUGA